AUGCCUCAUGCUGGAAUCGAACCAGCGACCUUCUGUUUACGAGACAGACGCUCUGCCCCUGAGCCAAUGGAAUGCACAUUUCCAACAAGUUCAGCAGUCAAGACUUCAGAAGCUGAUCAAAACAAUGCCUCAUUGGAAUCGAACCAGCGGCCUUCUGUUUACAACAGACGCUCUGCCCCUGAGCCAAUGAGGCUAAUGCUAGCCAUUUUCCAACAAGUUCAGCGAGUCUCACCCAACCCAGGGUCUGCAAGAACAAAUAGUUGUAAACCAGAAGAUGACUGUCCACAAAAGCAUGCCUCAUGCUGGAAUCAAACCAGCGACCUUCUGUUUACUAGACAGACGCUCUGCCCCUGA